CACUGUUCUGCGAAGCCGGGACCGCACCGUAAGCCUGCCAGUUUCCCGCAGCUUCCCAGCAAUCCAACCGUAUCAGCAUCUGGCUCUUGCACAAUGCCGCACUGUUGCAAGUUGGCGCCAAUCGAGAGGCUCCCAUCGUCUUGGCACUAACUUCGGACUCUCGCAUAUCGGGACCAGAUCGUCAACUGAAUGCCGCUUUCUUGAGUUGCUGCUGCUUAAAAAUGUGUGUUAGGCCAUGACCCAGAUCCUUCAGGCCGUCCCCUGCGUUGCGAACUAGGUUCCUCUAUGUUCAGAUCGUGUGGAGCUUGUCUUUCCGAGGUGUGUUUGUUUUCUGUCGCUCUCAGGGUAAUGUGUUCUGUACCAAGGAAAGGGAGUCUGGUACCGCCGAGUGGUUGCAGUGUUGUAAAGCUUUGUGUGUCUUAUACAGUUCUGAAGUUUGGUAUUGAACCUUUGAGAUUAAUGUUCCAACUUUCAAAGUUACCGUCCUAACGCAUCUUUGAGCUUUUGAUUUCGGCAAAAGCAGCCAUCUACGAGUAGACGGAUUGCAGAAAUCGAGGAAACAUAACUUAAGUCGGUAGAAUCAUGGCGGACGCCUUGCCAACAGUCCCAAUAGCUUACAACCAGACAGGAGGCGUGACACCUGCUUGGCUGAACAAGGGCGACAAUGCGUGGCAAUUGACGGCAAGCACGCUGGUGGGGGUUCAAAGCGUACCGGCGCUGGUCAUCCUCUACGGCAGCAUUGUGAAGAAGAAAUGGGCCGUGAACUCCGCCUUCAUGGCGUUCUACGCCUUCGCGGCAGUGUGGCUGUGCUGGGUGGGGUGGGCGUACAAGAUGUCUUUCGGGGAGAAGCUCAUCCCGAUUUGGGGAAAGGCGGGGACGACGCUGAGUUACAAGUACUUGCUGUCGCAAGCAGAACUUCCCUCCACCGCACAUUACCACAAAAAUGGUGAUAUCGAAACGUACGCUCUGACGCCGUUCUUCCCCAUGGCAUCUCUUGUGUACUUCCAGUUCGUUUUCGCGGCCAUCACCCUGGUGUUGUUGGCGGGGUCCGUCUUGGGACGUAUGAGCUUCCGCGCAUGGAUGUUGUUCGUCCCGCUUUGGUUGACUUGCUCGUACACGGUGGGCGCAUUCAGCCUCUGGGGUGGCGGAUUUUUGUGGCAAUGGGGAGUGAUCGACUACGCUGGUGGCUUUGUCAUCCAUCUCUCAUCUGGCAUCGGUGGCUUCGUAGCUGCUUACUGGGUUGGGCCUAGGCUGACGAAAGACCGGGAGCGUUUCCCGCCAAACAACGUUUUGCUUAUGCUUGCCGGAGCUGGUUUGCUGUGGAUGGGGUGGGCAGGGUUCAAUGGCGGCGCUGCACUGUCCGCUAAUUUAAUUGCCUCCAUCGCCGUAAUGAACACCAAUGUGUGUGCUGCCACCAGCUUGUUGGUGUGGACGUGCCUGGACGUGCUUAUCUUUGGAAAGCCGUCCGUGAUCGGCGCGGUGCAAGGAAUGAUCACGGGUCUUGUCGUCAUCACUCCCGCUGCAGGUCUCGUGCAAGGCUGGGCGGCGCUCGUGAUGGGUGUGUUCGCCGGAUCAGUGCCCUGGUUUACAAUGAUGGUGGUCCACAAGAGAUCCAGCAUCCUUCAAAGGGUGGACGACACAUUGGGCGUGUUCCAUACUCAUGCAGUAGCGGGUUUAGUGGGCGGUCUUCUUGUGGGAUGCUUCGCUGAGCCCACCCUCUGCGACUAUUUCCUCCCCGUCUUGGGUGAGCGGGGUGCUUUCUACGGUGGCGUUGGGGGUAAGCAGCUCGGAAAACAGAUCGUUGGCGCUCUCUUCAUCACAGCAUGGAACGUGGUAAUGACGAGUAUCAUCCUCAAUGUUAUCAAGCUUGUGAUGCCGCUCCGCAUGACUGAUGAACACCUUCUUGUCGGUGACGACGCCGAGCACGGGGAGGAAGCCUAUGCUCUCUGGGGCGAUGGCGAAAUGUUCGAUAUGUCGAAACAUGGAGCAUUAACUUCAAACCUCUCAACUCUAUCAAGCAACGACUUCGGCAGUGAAAAGAGUCGCCCCACAAUUACACUGUAGAUCAGUCGCAUUGACAGGCAUGGCCAGGUGGAGGAAAAUGUUACACAACUAAACACGUUCGAAACAAUUUCAUAUGCCAAUUCACAUUAGCAUGCAUGUAAAAAUUAUUCUUGUAGAAUUCACUCCUGUUAUCAGGAUGCAAUAACUGAAACUCACAUCAAGGUUGUGUUUUUAUCAAAUAAUGACACCAUGAUAGAUAAUCAACCCUACAAUAAGAGCGUUGAAUCGCAGCUAUUUUUCAAUCUCCUUGCCUAGGAAAACGAAAGCAGAAUCUUUGUUCGGUGAAGUUUCCGAGCUGGAUGUGUGUGGGGGUAGAUUGAUCACUACCCAGCUACUUGGCAGUGAUGUACUUCGCUCCAGGAAGAUGCAUCAGGGUUUGGGGUUUGGUUUCGUGAGAUUAAUUUAGAAGGUGUCUUCUAGUGCUUUGCAAUACAUAAGUCUCAAUGUAUGCGUAUGACUGAAUCAAUAAUUUCAAAGGUGAUCAGCGGACUGAGAAUUGCCAUUCUUGACUGCCUCAUUCACAAGU